CGAGAGUUGGCGGCGACGGGUGGUGGAAAGGUGCUUCCCUGCAGCGCUUCAUCUCGUGAAAGCUCAAGGGGACAGUCAGAGAAGGUCCUUUCCACAAGGGGAAUUUAUAGACUUUUCCUGCUGAGACCUCAAUUUGUGUCUAAGAAAGACAGAAAGAAAUUACUGUAAAAGAUUGGAAUAACUUAAAUCAUCCAAAAUGGAAGCAUACAUAAUGAAACAACUUUUAGUACUUCCAUAGAAAAAGGGCAUAUACCUAUAGACAACAUUAGAAUAUAAGGACUUGAAGCAGUUGAGAAUGUCUCUGCCAAGUCGACAAACAGCUAUUGUUAACCCUCCACCACCAGCAUAUAUAAAUACUAAGAAAAAUGGGCGAUUGACGAAUCAACUGCAGUAUCUACAAAAAGUUGUCCUGAAGGCUUUGUGGAAGCAUAGUUUUUCCUGGCCUUUUCAGCAGCCUGUGGAUGCUGUCAAACUAAAGUUGCCUGAUUAUUACACCAUAAUAAAAAACCCAAUGGAUUUAAAUACAAUCCGGAAACGCUUGGAACAUAAAUAUUAUGUGAAAGCUUUGGAAUGUAUAGAAGACUUCAAUACAAUGUUUUCAAAUUGUUAUUUAUACAACAAGCCUGGAGAUGACAUCGUUCUUAUGGCACAAGCUCUAGAAAAGCUGUUCAGACAGAAAUUAUCUCAGAUGCCACAAGAAGAACAAGUUGUGGGUGGUAAGGAAAGAAUAAAGAAAGAUACUCAACAGAAUGCAGCAGUUUCUGUUAAAGAAAAACAAUCCCUCAAAGCACUGGAAAAAAUAAUUAAGCAGCAAGCAAUUCCCUCUGUAUUUCCCAAAACAUCUAUUUCUCCUUCAAACAUGGCACAAAGUGCUCCACUGAACUCUGCCUCACAAACAGGCACCCAAGUUACAAAGGGUAUGAAGAGGAAAGCAGAUACAAUUCCUACAGCUUCAGUCGUUAAAGCAAGUGGUGAAUCUUCCCCAACACUUACAGAAAAAAAAUCAGGGAAAAUGCCACCUAUAAAAGAAAAUGUGUUGACGAAUGUUUUGACGGAUUCUCAGCAACAAUAUAAAGUUGUAAAGAAUGUUCAAGUAACCGAACAAUUAAGGCACUGUAAUGAGAUUCUUAAAGAAAUGCUUGCAAAGAAACACUUGUCAUAUGCAUGGCCCUUUUAUAAUCCUGUUGACAUUAAUGCUUUGGGACUGCAUAACUACAAUGAUAUUGUGAAAAAUCCAAUGGAUCUUGGAACCAUCAAGGCAAAAAUGGAUAACCAAGAAUAUAAACAUGCGUAUGAAUUUGCUGCAGAUGUUAGAUUAAUGUUCAUGAAUUGCUACCAAUACAGUCCUCCAGAUCAUGAAGUAGUUACAAUGGCAAGAAUGCUUCAGGAUGUUUUCGAAAUGCAUUUUGCAAAGAUCCCAGAUGAACCUGUUGAGAGUAUGCCUGUAUGUUACAUCAAAACAGAUACCACAGAAACCCUUGGUAGAGAAAGGAGUAGUGAAGCUUCCUCUGCAGAUGACUCUUCUAGUGAUUCUGAAGAUGAACAAGCUCAGAGUCUUGAAAAGCUUCAGGAGCAGCUUAAAGCUGUUCAUCAACAGCUACCGGUUCUGUCCCAAGUACCUUUCAAUAAGCGAAAGAGAAAGAAUGAGAAGUCUAAAAGGGAAAAGAAAAAAGAAAAGAUUGAUAAUAGAGGUGAAAAUCCAAGGAAAAAGUUUAAGCAAAUAAAAUUAAAGGAAAAGUCCAAGUGCAAUCAGCCAAAGAAGGGGAAACAACAGGUCUUCGCUGCGAAAUCUGAAGAUAAAGAUAAUGCUAAACCUAUGAACUAUGAUGAGAAAAGACAGUUAAGCUUGGAUAUAAACAAACUCCCUGGAGAUAAACUUGGGCAUGUCGUUCAUAUAAUACUGUGCAGAGAGCCUUCACUGAGAAAUUCCAGCCCUAAUGAGAUAGAUAUAGACUUUGAAACACUGACAGCAUCAACACUGAGAGAACUGGAAAAAUAUGUUGCUGCAUGUCUGAGAAAAAGACCAGUAAAACCUCAUGGUAAGAGAAUAAUGAAGUCCAAAGAAGAACUUCAUUCACAGAAAAAACAAGAAUUGGAAAAGCAGUUACAGGAUGUCAGUAAUCAGUUAAAUUCUAGAAAACAUCAAACAAAACCUGAGAAAACGCAAUCAUCCAAGGCCAUUGGAAGUGGUUCCCGACUGAGUGAAAGCAGCAGCAGUAGCAGCAGCAGUAGCUCAUCAGAGUCUGAAAGUAGUAGCAGGGAUUCAAGUUCUUCAGACAGCAGUGAUUCCGAAUCAGAAAUGUUUCCUAAAUUUACUGGAGUAGAACAGAAUGAUUCUUCUUCUAAAGAGAAAGUAAAGCGGAUACAAUCAUCUGUGCAAUAUACAGCCUCUGGGAAAACUAGUCUUGUUCAUCAGACUACAUGUUCAGGUGGAACACCACCAAAUCCCUACCAGUUAGUAUUUAAUUAUCAAGAAUCAGAAUGUUUACAGAGUGUGGAAAACAUUUCACCUUUACAAAUUCUGCCUCUUUCAGAUAACCCUGAACAACACUUGAAUGGCCUAACUGUGAUGCAUCAGUCCGGUGAUAAUGACACAGUGGUAUUAGAAUCAGAAUGUCAAGUUCCAGUGCAAAAGGAUAUAAAGAUCAAGAAUGCAGAUUCUUGGAAAAGUUUAGGCAAACCAGUCAAAACAUCAGGGGUAGUGAAAUCAUCAGAUGAGCUCUUCAACCAAUUUAGAAAAGCAGCGAUAGAAAAGGAAGUGAGAGCUCGAACACAGGAACUAAUACAGAAACAUCUGGAACAGAAUACAAAGGAACCAAAAGUAUUUCAAGGAAAUCAAAGGGACCAUGGCUUCACUCUAGAAUCUUUUCCAAAUAAAAUGCAAAACAAGUGUCUUGGAGAAGAGCAGAAAGAACAUCAGCAGUCACUGGAAGCUCAAGAUGGAGGCAAACUCUGGCUUCUCAAAGACCGUAAUUUAGCAAGGGAGAAAGAGCAAGAGCGGAGGAGAAGAGAAGCAAUGGCUGGUACCAUUGAUAUGACUCUUCAAAGUGACAUUAUGACAAUGUUUGAAAACAACUUUGAUUAAAACUAGGUUUUUUAAUUAACCAUCAACUUAAAUGAAUAAUACAAAAGAUUAAAAUGCAAAUGGUAAAAUAAUUGCUUUCAGACACCAAGAUACCAGUCUUAUACUGUAUUUUGACCGCUCUUAGAUGAUUAAACAAUUUUCA